UUGUGAAAUGGUGAAGGUAAAUUUUCUUCUGUGUUGCGUGAAUACCUUGCUAAUGUCAGAGGCAAUUUUUUUGCCACGUUCGACUUGUGUUACUGAUCCAGCAUUUUCAAAUUGUUUGUGUAUCAACUCGAGUGAUCAGAUAGUAGCUGACUGUUCUCACUUGAGAAUACACGUUUCGCCUAUAUUUACACCAGUUGUACAGACAGUGAAUCUAAGUUUCAACGAGUUGGAGUACGGCCCAGUUCCAGGAUCCCUACCUGCUGGUCUUCAACGUUUAGAUCUAUCCCAUAACAAAAUCAAGUUCUUUCCUACAUCAGCGUUCGAUGGUUUAUACUUGCUUCAAAUCUUAAACAUUAGCUCCAAUCACCUGGCAUUAGACGACAGUACUUUCUUCAAAGGUGUAUUUGCAGAUUUAAAAUCCUUGCGGCAUUUGGAGAUGCAAAACAACUCUCGCAUUUUUUCGAAUCAUUCGACUGAUAUGUACCCAGGACAUGCGUUACAAGCCUUAAUGUCUCUCCGUUCACUAUCAAUUGACGGGCUGCCAAGUUAUAAAUUUGGUAAGGAGUUUUCAAAGCUUCAAAAUUUGUCACAACUGAAUUUAUCCAGUGGUUAUUGUAAUUUGAGUGUAUACGGACUAACUGAAACUUACUUUAAUAAUCUACCACAUUUGCAAGUAUUGAAUGUUAAGAGUUGUCAUAUCAAAAAUAUCUAUAACGAUACGUUUUCUCUUUUACAAAAUCUUACAUACUUGGAUAUUUCCAAUAAUAACUUAUUAACUUUCUGUGGGUUCAAGAAUGCUUCAGAUGGUCUUAUAGGAUCCCCAAUCAAAAUAUUCAAAGCAAAUCGAAUAUACUGUGCAGUAGGCAAAUCGACAUUCGUAAGUCGAAAAUUUUUCAAAUCUCUCCGUAAAACUUCUUUGGAGGAACUAUACCUUGAUGACAAUAAGAUUGACUACGGAGAAUUUAAGAUUGCUGCCGAGCUACCAGUGACGCUCAGAAAAUUGUCUCUAAGUGGCAAUAAACUGUCUCUAGGUCGCUACAUCUUCCAAAACGUCUCAGACCUGAUAGGUCUGAGGGAGGUGGAUAUCAGUUAUCAGAACAGGCACAUUACAGGACCAUUUGUGGAUCAGUAUAAUUGCCAUGAUUAUAGAGAGUCCAAAAAAUGUGAGUGCGAAACAAAUACAGAUUUCUUAACUGAUACAACUUUUAUUAUGAAUUUGAUGUCACCAAAUAACCAUUCAAAGCCUACGGACGUGUAUAACAUGGAAGAGAAAUCAUGCGACCAACCGAUAGAAAUGAUUACGAUAUUGCCACCGUAUUUGAGCUCAAUAAAUUUUGAAUAUUCAAAAGUCGGUGACAACAUUCCAUUCAUGCAUUUGAUGUACGAUCACUUGUAUAGACUGAACUUGCGAGGAAAUGCGUUUACUAGAUGGAUUGGUCCUGUAUGCAAUGCCACAAGUAUGCGCUAUCUUGAUCUUUCAGAAAAUCUCUGCUCUUAUGUGUCGAAAGCCUUUUUUAAAGAAUUAAUAGGUCUUGAGACUUUGCUUCUUGACAAAAAUUAUUUGGUAUAUUCACUAAGGAACGAUCAAAACGGUGACAUUUUCCGCUGUUUAAGAAAUCUCCAAAAUAUAAGCAUUGCAAACAACCAACUAGAUGACCUCCCGAGAAAAAUCUUUGAUGGACUUAUUAAUCUCAAAGUGUUGAACCUCAGCACCAACGCCAUAAGUGAUGUCAAGAUUGACGUUCAUCACAUGAAGAAACUUAGCGUCCUGGAUCUCUCUCAUAACUAUAUUCGCUUCUUUGACGGAAGUUUAACGUCACAGAUAGAUCUAGUACCCUAUAGUUCAUUGUCUAUAAGUCUAGAAAACAAUCCAUUAGAAUGUUCCUGUCGCUCUCUGUCAUUCUUGAAAUGGUUUCAGCAAAAAACGAACUCGCAUUCUGUAACGUUUAUAAAUUAUCAUCUGUAUAACUGUUCGGAUGAAAAUGGGCACCUUCUAAACAAUGGGUUUGCUCAAUUAGAUGCCGUGGUACAAAAACUUGAAGUUCAAUGUAGAAAAAUUGAGUGGUAUGUGUUAUUAAUUGUUAUAUUUUUGACCUGCUUCGUUUUGUUUAUUCUUAGUAUUUUCAUCAUUUAUAGACACAAAUGGAAAAUUCGAUAUUUUAUUUAUUUGGCUAAGCGCGAAAUGUUCAAGAAAGGUUACGAACGUCUGGGAGACAAUACUGACUUCAAAUAUGACGUUUUCGUCUCUUACGCAGAGAGAAACAGGUCUUUUGCUACAAAAGACGUCGUCACACGACUGGAGGAAGAAGCAGGAUUCAAAGUUUGUCUCCACGACAGGGACUUCGUUCCUGGUACGGACAUAUCUGAUAACAUCAUUGGCGCCAUUCGGCAUAGCAGAAAGAUCAUCUUUAUAGUAUCUUCCCAUUUCAUCAAGUCUGAUUGGUGUAUGUAUGAAUUCCAUAUGGCAAGGUAUGAAGAAACAGUAGUGCGUAAACGAAACUGCACAAUAUUCAUAUUCCUUGGAGAUAUUCCUUUGGCAGAUUUGCCUUACAAAAUUGCGCAAGUGAGAGAUCAAACUGUUUUCGCUGAUUUUCCACGAGAUACCGAAGAAGAAUCCAAAUUUUGGAAUGUUCUUUUCGACACUGUAAAUGCAGAAGCUUAGAUUAUGUUGUAAAUUAUAUUAAAGAUUGAGUUUUUGAAACAACUAUGAUAAAUAAGUUGAUAAGUCGAUCAAUUGAACGCUUCUUACCAAACUUUCAAUGUAUAUCCUUACCACAUGCAAUGAAGUACAGACCAUUAAAGACAAUUGAAACAAUUUUCAUAAAAGCGUUACAAAUUUAAUGGUUUUACAUUUACAUGUACAUCCAUUUCCCUUUUAAAGAGGCAUAGUCACGGUUUUGGUCAAAUUCUAUUUUUAUGUUUUUAUUAUUUACAAUGCUUUAGAAGUGCAUUUCUAAUGAUCAAAUAAAAUUUGAGAGUCAUUCGUAGAGUUAUAAGCAAGAUACGGGGCUCACAAUUCUUUGUCAUGUAAACAAGGCUCGGGUCCUGUUUUUGUUUACAUAGGUUCAAUAUACCAGUAAAAAGUCUUUUUCCAGCUUAUUUGUCUAUCUUAUUAUUUUAUUCAAGCAUAGAUAAGCAGUUUCAAACGUUUAACACAUUAUUUUUAGGUUUCAAACUGAAAUUUUUACUUCAACGUUCAAAAUGUAAACAAACGUUAUGGAAACGAAGCAAGGAAUUUUUAGCUCUGUGACUCGCUUAUAACUCAACAAAUGACACUCAAAUUUCGGUUGCCUAUUAAAAUGCCUUUCUGAAGCAUUGUAAAUAUUAAAACCGGAAAAAUAAUUUUUGACCGAAAUUGUGACCAUGCCC